AUGUUGUGUGGGCCAUUAUUAGAUUUAUCAUCAUGUCACGAUAUCCAGUAUCUUAUUGAUCGGUUUCACGCUGUAGGUUUUAAAAAUGAAUUAUUAUCGAAUGCAUUUUAUGAAGCAGCUUUAGGGAAAACUGUUGGUAUCUUCAGAUUAAAAUGUCAUUUAUAUGCAUUAGAAAUCAAUGAUCCUAUUCGAGUACAUAUAAGUACGGAACAAAAGCAAUUUCCAGAAAAACGUCAUAAUAUAUGUUGUGAACAGAUGAAAAAUUUAUUCGAUGGUGCUUUACAAUUAUCAUUAACAGAUAAAUGGAAAAUUAAAGUACAUAUGGGUUAUGCAUACUAUUUUCUGUUUGGUCAUUAUUCUGAAGCAAUUGAUAUAAUGAAAACAACCAUAGAAGAUUAUAACGUGGACACAAAGCUGAAUCAAACUGAGUUAGUUAUUCCAACAAUUGUUCUUGCUUAUUAUACGCUGUUUCAAUGCUAUCGUAUGACUGGACAAUGGGACAAUGGUAAAGAAUAUAUAGAACAAUUUAAACAAAUAUGCGCAAGAUUAGAGACUGACUUUAAAGAAGAUUAUAACAAAUCGGUUGUUAAAUUAUUAUUAGCUACAAGUUAUUUUUGUUUAGCUUUAAUCAAUGAAGCAUUCGACUUAAUAAGUCAGGUUACAGAAACUCUACCUGAAUUACUAUCCAAUUCAAAACUCCAAUUGAUUGAAAAUCUAACUGACUUAUCUGAUGAAUUAAUGUCGUUGUGUGGUAUACAAAAUCUUCUGUGUCUAAAAGACGCACAACAUUUUCUGGAUCAUGGUUUAACACUUACAUUACCUUAUUCGUUAUCGGAAUGCGGUGGUGAAAAUGAAGAAAUUCAUACUAGACCACAGCUAGGCAAACAACCAUUCCCCACGCUUAUUGUGCGUCAUGGUUAUGACUGCUACAAGAUGCGGCCAUGGUUAAUUAAUCCGUUGACAAUUCUGGAUGAGUUAAAAAAAUGGAUUAGUCGUCUACCAGUUGAAGUUGGUCUUGAAGGGUGA